CGGCAGGAAUGAAACACCUCAACUUGACUAAGAAGCCCCGUCAAUAAUUGAAGUUUCCAAGGGAGAGCUUCCUGAUCUGUGAGUAUGUCGACACACAAAAAGAAGACCAGGAAGCUUAGAGGGCAUGUGAGUCAUGGACAUGGGCGAAUCGGAAAACAUCGUAAGCAUCCUGGUGGCCGUGGUAAUGCUGGUGGUAUGCAUCAUCACAGAAUAAAUUUUGAUAAAUACCAUCCUGGUUAUUUUGGAAAAGUAGGAAUGAGGAAUUUUCAUUUGAAGAAGAAUCAGAAGUACAUGCCCAUUAUAAAUAUAGACAAACUUUGGUCUCUUGUCUCUGAGAAAACAAGGGAAACAUACAAAAAUCAUCCAGAAGGAAAAGCUCCUGUGAUUGAUGUAGUAAAUAGAGGCUACUACAAAGUUCUUGGGAAAGGUCGUUUACCAAGGCAACCUGUAAUUGUAAAGGCAAGAUUUUUUAGUAAAGAGGCCGAAGCAAAGAUUAAGGCUGUUGGUGGAGCUUGUAUAUUGACAGCUUAAAAAGAAAUAAAAAGUUAUUUGUAAACUUG